UUUAGCUUUUCGAAAAUUUUCUGGGACUGCGUCUUUGUCGCACUCAUUGUGAAUAGCGGCACGGAACGACCUCCGUGAAACAGACGCUGCAGAGGGAGAUCAAAGAAAUGCUUUGCUGUCUGGCGAAGAGAGGACGUUGGUCGGUGCGAUAGCGGCCAGCGUGGUUCCAACCCACCAAAUGGGAUCAUCUGCAAGCGCGAAUAAGCGCGCUGCAAGCGCCAUACUAAUGGAACACGUGAUGUUAACGCACCCCAGUUCGCCCACGGAUUCUGGCGAUAUGGAAGCAAUUAAGGAACAAAUUGGCGAACAAUAAUCAUUUCGUCAAUUACUGGGGAGUUUAUGGCGGUUCUAUUAUUAUCUAACUCCCUGUGACACCCUGUACUGCUCGCCCUGAUGCAGGUGCUGGAGCUUUAAUCAAUCCAAGCCAUGACUUCCGCCAUCCGUACCCGAUAUGCGCUCCGAAGCCUCUCCGCCGUGAACCCCGCAAAAAAACAUCCACCCAGGCCAUGGAGAGCCUUUCCCCGAUACUAUGCAACUCAGAACAACUUGGGAGGAACGCCAUCCUCAUCACAAAAGGGCGGACUGCCAAGAAAACAAAUAACUGUUACCAGUGACGAUGGCCGCGUGCGCUGGGGGGAGCUUUCUAGAAGAGAGAAGGCCGCUCGGGCAACGCAGCAAUCUGCAAAUUUCCUUAUUAUUGUUAUUGGCGCUGUGAUGACGGGUACGGUAUUUACUCUGCUUUACAAGGAAGUUUUUGCGCCAGACAGCAAAGUCCGGAAUUUCAAUCGUGCCGUCGACCGAGUUAAAGGAGACCCGAAAUGCAUAGAAUUACUUGGGGAUAGCAAGAAGAUACGGGCCUAUGGGGAGACUUCAUGGAAUAAGUGGACUAGAAAUAGGCCUAUAGCAACCACCGUGGAAAAGGACCGAAUUGGCCGGGAGCACAUGAGAAUGAACUUCAAUGUCAGUGGUCCACGCAACGACGGGGUUGUGAGCGUACAUCUGAUAAAGAACCCUCAAACAAACGAAUUUGAAUACAAUAUCCUGGCCCUGGAUGUUAAAGGCCAUCAACGAUAUUACCUCGAGAACGCUGAGGCAACUAAAAAUUCCGCGAAGAAAACUGCGACGAAAAUAUUUGGAAUACAAUGGCGUUAACACGGGCGUUAGAAACCACGCCUCUUAUCAGGCCGAAUGAGGCCUUGUCACUACGUGGAGGCCGGAAAACUGUGUCCUUUCCGGACAAGGAUCAAUUCGAAAUGUAUGGGUUGGCUAAACUAAACAUGUUUACUCUUUUCACAGUAUAAACCGCUAGUUUAAGCAUUACAGCAAAAGCAGAAAGCAGACCACGUCAUCUAAGCAUGGGAGUGAUGACGGCGGCGGAAACCCACGCUCCUAUACACAAGCGAGCCGCAUUUCAGACCGUGUAUUUAUAACUGAGAUAUCAGCAUCGUGAACCGAUGCUCCACCCCAAAUCUGUAUAUAUAUAUAACUGAAAUCGCGCAUGAUUCCGAUUGCGUCCAGAGAGAAGAAUCAAGUGUCCAAAGAAGAAAGGAUAAUCCUAUAUCUCAUCCUUAACAUCUGUGACCCUUGGCCAGCCCUCGAUUGACUUCCCAGACCAAACGGCAACAGCCUCUACCGCUUGUUGCACUUUUUCAACGUCCUCCACGCUUUGGCCAAGCCUCCUUAGGCCACGGAGAUGCCACAGUGCCGGACCUGGCCAGCCCUGGCACAUUAUCGAGGGUAGCGUAACUAGCAGCGUUUCCACUUGAGAUAGUACCGUCUGGUCAGCCAGAAAGAGCCCAUAGAUCACACUCUUCUCCAGCCAGGCGAAUUCUUCCUUGUAUGACCCCCACGUGUCGAAUAUAGGCUCGAGGUUCUGCUUGUAGAGGAGCUGAAUAAAUUUUGUACCGCGUUCCGUGAUGUCCUUCUCUAGGUCAAUGUUUAUCCUGUCCGAUGAGUUGUUUAGUUUACUAGCUGCCCUUCUUGAUGAUGCAUAUAUUGAAAAACAGUCCUUCCUGGUGUUGGUUUCGCUUCGGUACUAUAUAUAGAACUCAAGCAAUAGGAAGGUAGCCACAAGGGACAUAUCAAAUAAAUGAAAUAGAAUUAAAACGAAGUAGGAUAAUAUAACA